UCAAAAUCUCGGCGGCGUCCACAAUGGAGACAAGCACAGGAUCGGACGGCUUUCGGAUGACAACAUACCUCUUCAACAUAUCUAUGAAUUCCAGUGUUACAGACGGAGAUGUGGAUCUGUGCGUCAAAAACAGUUUCAGAGGGAGGGAUUUCACUCAGAUUCCAGCGGUGGCUUACGCUCUCGUUGUUAUUUAUUGUGCUGUGAUAGUGAUGUCUGUGUUUGGUAACUUCAUCGUCAUUUGGACAGUUUGGAGAAAUAAGCACAUGCACACCGUGACGAAUUACUACAUUGUUAACCUGGCCGUUUGUGACUUCCUCGUGUCUUCGUUCGUAAUGCCGCUAAAGUUACUGGAGUACACAGCACCUUGUCACUGGCACGUGUUCCACAUUGACGCCGUCUGCUCCUUUCAAUACUACCUUCUGCCUGUCUUUGUUUUCGCCAGCGUGUUCACUCUCGUCGCUAUUUCACUUGAAAGAUACUAUGCUAUAGUGCAUCCCUUGAGCUCGAUGAAGAUCCACAGCAAAUCCCGGACACGGAAGAUCAUUUUGGCCACCUGGAUUAUACCAUGUAUUCUAGCUUCUCCGUAUCUAUUUUGCCGUAGCUACUCGGUGACCAUUCACAGCGAGUUAGGUACCGUGACCAGACAGAUAUGUAAUGAUAAGUUUGAUGAGAUAGACGUGCUGAUGUACGGCCCAGAAUCCCGAGGGUCAGGGUUGUUCCGGACCGGAUUUUUCAUGUUCCUGUGCGUGUCAAUGUACAUCGUCCCCAUGCUAAUCAUUGCCGUCACGUGCUGUAGAAUUGCAGUGUCUCUCCUCCAGCCAGUGGUCGUUAAGCGCCACAAAUCAGGCAGUAGGGGGAACCCCAAGGAACAAGAUGAAAAUAAAAGAAAGGUUGCACGGAUGGUGAUAGUGGUAGCCGCCGUGUUUGCUGUCUGCUGGUCCCCGCAGUACAUAGUCACAAUUAUCAGCCAAAUUCAGAAACCCAGUUUUCUACGAAAGGGAAACUUUUUCUUCACCAUGUUGGUCACGCAUCUGUGUGGCUUUCUCAACAGCUGCAUCAAUCCUUUUAUUUACACUCUGAUGAGCAAGAAGUUUAGACGGCAUAUCAAGGACACCAUUCUAACAUGUGUUUGCUGUUACAGGAAUAAGCGACUUAAUGGCUACCGUCCGCAGUUGUCUCAGCGGAUCUCGUCGAUGUUUACCUCCACGAUGAGAGCCUCGACCAUAACCCAUUCUACCACAGACAUGCCACUGAGUCACGUCAACUCAGAGCCUGAGGAUAUCUCUACCAGCAUGGCUGUCUAAGCUUUGACAACACAGAACAGAUAAUCACGCUGAAAGUAACAAAAAUGGGUCUUUUCUACGAGGAUAUAUUUGAUGUGAUGACUGCGACUUCCGCUUGUGGUUUAAUAUCGACAUUGUGGAAAAAAGCUGCCCGUUUUAUUACUCCCUGCCGCCGGCGGCAUUAAAGAUGGCUUAUAACAGCCUGAAGUUUAAAUAUGGGCAACAACGGACUCCAGUCGAUACAGCUAAGUACUCGACUCUGCACCGUAGCUUUCUGUUACACAACGUUACGGUUAUUGACAAGAGCCUUGGCAAUAAAUGACGCUAUUUAGACGAUAUGCGACGAACAUAGAAGCAUGUAAGUGACAACAAGAACGCAGCCUGCACAUUAAAUGCUGGAGAAUCUCUCUCCGGUGGUUUGAAAAUGACUGGCAUAUUGGCGUGAAGUGACAGUCAUUUGGUCUUCAUUUUACAAGGCUGGCUUAAUGACAGAAGAGGGAGAGGAGCAUAGACGACCGUCAGUCCGAAUCUGCGGGCGGUGCGGUUGUGAAGAAAGCAGUUGACUGUAAUAGAAAUAAGGGAUGGUGCUGAGUAGUAAGUUUCUGACCUCCGAUGAGAACUCUACAGAACGUUCAGGCGGGUCACGUGGUAUAUGUUACGCUUCAUAAAGGCAGUUUAUCACCCGUUGCUGAAGAUGGCUUGGGUGAAAACUUCGCUAAUAUUGUGCACAGACAAUACAAACAUUUUCGUGUUACAUGUGAAUCAGCACAGUUGUAAUACGCCACAGUGUAAAACGAGUGGGUAAAUUAGGCUGAAAACUAAUUUUUACAGAAACCACCAUUAUGCCCAACUGCUUCACUAAGAUUUUAGAAGUCGAGGGAGGGCAAUAGUUUCUUGCCCUGGAACGUUCAUAUUGCUUGAGGCCUAGUAUACGAAUGUCUGUUUCUACGCAUAAAUAGAAACGACGACUUUCAUGUUCCGUAGCAAGCACUAUUUAAAGAAAUAACAUCCGAUGCGAAACAUGAAUGCCCCUCCCUGGAAAUUGUAAAUUAAAUGAGUGAUACCGCGUGGAUUUGUGUAGGAACACAUGUUGAGGCGUGAUAAAAUGUAACGUGCCUAACCCUUCUUUGCUCGUCGGACAGUGAAAUGAUUCGGUUUAAUCUGGUAGUACCGAAUUUACAAUGUAUGAUCCAAGAAAUUUACCUUUUUACUUCGUAGAUGCGCAUGAUGUGUUAAGUCUUCAGUUCAGAGAUAAGAGUAAAUAAUCUGAACAUUCAGUACGGGGUACUGACAGGGUCAUAACAGCAUCUUGUAUUAUACUCAUGCGUCAAUGUGUUUUCUUGUCGAGUCAAACUCUUGGUAGCAAACCUUAUACGAAGUCAUCACAGACAUUAAUCCUUCACGAACAGCACAUAAUGUUAAUACAGAAUAGUUUUUAAUGUUGUGAGAACUUCUGUAAAAUCAGCGGUUAAAUAAAUUCCAGGGUAUUUUACUCACCUAUAUACUGUUACAUACGACAAACUGUUAGACCUUCAUUCUUACCCUAAUACUUCAACCUUUUCAACUUCCUCUGCAACCAAUAUUUUCAAACAUUCUGAGACGAUGAGGUGUUGAGAAUAAUUUGCACAGUUAAAAUAAAACCCUAGCUGUGGUAAACUGACAAGAGGCCGUAUUUCAUCGGUUACAUGUGACCAUUUGCC